AUGCGCCCGAAUCACGUAGUUCAACAGUUAAUUGAACAAUUUAAAUUAGUUACAAGGAAUAAAAAAUACAGGUUUACACUUGAUGUUGAUGUAAGAAAGAAAACACAGGAAAAACCGCUACAACGUACAGCCGAGAAAACCGUCUACGCAGCUGAAUGGCUUAUAGAUGUAAUUGGACCGCCGAUUGUUUUGGUAGAAAUCCAUAGUGCGAAACCAAUGUUCAGUUUCAGCGGCAUGGACUCUCAUCCAAACGUUGUUGAAAUGUACGGCUUGGUUGAUCGACAUCGCAGCGACUCAUCAGUGUCUGUUAUGUUAGUUCAACAGGCUGCAAAUCAGCAUGAUUUACGUAAUUUUAUUCUCACUAGGUCUCGAUUUCCACAUGAAGGUGUUCUCUGCGAAAUAUUUCGACAAAUUGCAGUAGGAAUGAUAUUUCUUAUCGAAAAUGGUAUUAUACACGGUGAUUUAGCAUGUCGAAAUAUACUUGUUUAUCGUUUUAAUGAAUAUGAACCAAGACAAAAUCUUGUUAAAAUAAACAAGUUUGGUUUUAAGCGCUCUCUGUCAGUUCGUUAUGCAGCGCCAGAGAUUCAGUUGUGUAAUUCGCGGGACUUGUAUUCAGAGGAGUCAGAUGUUUAUUCAAUGGGUGUUCUCAUGUGGCAGGUAUAUUCAAAAGGGGCCGAGCCCUGGUCCUACAUAGUAGAUGACACCCAAGUUCGUCAGCAAGUGAUCGAUGGCAAACAAUUAGCAAAACCCGACACAUGUGAUGCUGCAAUGUGGUCAAUCAUUUCGAAAUGUAUGUUCUCUAGUGCAGAACAUCGUCCAACGUUUAGAGGUCUGCAAUAUUCAUUAGAGUCUCGGCGUCAAACAAACCUGCUUGUGAUGAAGGCUGAAGACAUACCUAAUACACUACGAGAUGCUAGCAUUGAUUUAUCAGGACAAAAUGACGAUACUGCCAACGGUUACAUCGCUCCAUGUCGCGUCUAUAUUAAAUCUGAUAUAGGAUAUUUUAGUAGUUCCGGAAUUGAUAUUGAAUCGCGCAGAACCUGCUAUGGUACAAAACGCAAACAUCCUUCGCUUUAG